GAAUGUGCCUUCUUUGCACCAUAAGACCUUUGCAGUGCACACAACAGCUAUAAGCGACAAGUGCAGUAUAUUCUCAAGGGAUAUUUUGAAGAAAUCUGUGCAGAAAGUGAAGGAGGCAUAUCAAGAACAGACUAGUGAUGUGAAGGACAUUCAUGUCUCCUUUGAUGGCAGUUGGCAGAAACGAGGUCACACCUCAAAGUCUGGGAUUGGCUUAGCCAUAGAAAGAAAAACUGGCCUCAUCGUUGAUUACGAAGUGCUUACUAGCUACUGUCCCCAGUGUGCCACCACAGGGAAACGCCUUGAGAGAGAGAACAUUCUCAAGUAUGAGCGGUGGUUUUCUUCGCACAAACCGUUCUGCAGUGCAAACUAUGAGGGCCCAAGUGGGGGCAUGGAGAAGGAAGCAGCACUCAGUAUCUGGAGCAGAUCAAUUUUGAAACAUCAGCUGAGGUACGUCUCCAUGAUCAGUGAUGGUGAUGCAAAGACCAUCUCUGAGCUGCAUGCCCUGGACCCGUAUCCUGGGACUUCAGUUCAAAAGCACGAGUGUGUCAACCACGUAGGGAAAAGGCUAGGAAAAGCCCUGCAGAACAUAGUGACUGAAAAAUCCAAGGCGAAGCCUAAAAUCACACUCGGUGGCAAAGGACAUGGAAAACUUCGACCUGAAGUUAUCAAGGCUCUCCAAGGCUAUUACACCAACGCCAUACGGAAACAUACGUCUGUUCCCACGAUGAAGCAAGCGGUUAUGGCUAUCUUAGACCAUUGUUCUUCAACCGAUGAGGACCACCACCAUGAGAACUGCCCUAAAGGAGAGGACUCGUGGUGUUUUUUUCAAAAAGCAGAAGCAAGGGGGUUGCCACCAGGUAGCCAUGUCGACAAUAUCGGGACUCCACUUUGCCAGCUGGUCGCUGAUCACGUCCGACCGAUCUUCACGCGUCUGUCGACCGAUGACUUACUGGGCCGCUGCGUUCUACAGAGCACCCAAAAUGCUAACGAGAGUGCACAUGCAGUCAUAUGGGCUCGCUGCCCAAAGCACCAGUUUGUCCAUCGCAAUCGCCUGUCUAUUGCUGUUGCUAUUGGUGUUGCUGAAUUUAACUUCGGUGCGAGCUCGUCGCGUGAUUUUCUCACAACCCUCAACCUGCCUGUCGGUCGAGAAACCAAGCGCCGUGGGGAAAAGCGGGACCACACAAGAACUGUGAAGUCACAGGUAGCAGCCACAGAGAAAGCCAAGAAAUACAGGCAAAUCAAGGCAGAUGCCAGGCAGAGAGAAGAGCAGAGAAUGAUAGACACUUAUGGGGAAUUUUAUGUCUCUGGAGGCGGCGACUAGUAUGUUUAGGUACUGUUUAAUUUUUUUUUAGAAGGGGUACAAUGGGAAUUUUGGGCUCCAAAAUGUAAAACAUGACUGUUACAUUGUUCUUUUUGUGUGGAGAAUGUUCAGAGUACUUCCUGUUUCAAUAUUUGUAAGGUUUUUUACCUUAGAGAUGUGCCUGGGUCUUCUGUUGACCAAUAGAAAACUCAUUUUGCGUUUUUCUCAAAAUACCUUUUUUGACAAAUUUGUCUCACUUUUUGUUCCAGAUCUCAGAAAGUUCUCGUCAGAACUUGUUUAAAUUUGCACACAAUGUUCUUUGCAUGUAUGCCUACCACCUAACAAAGAGAUUUUUGACUUUUCUAUUUUAGUUAAUGUUUUUUAA